GAGAGAGAUGGUGAAGGAGACGGUGACGACGGCUAAGACUUGUUCUCAGUGUGGUCACAAUGGCCAUAACGCACGUACUUGUCUCAGCGGUGUUAAUAAGGGAAGCGUUAAACUGUUCGGCGUUAACAUAUCUCCUGAUCCGAUUAGGUCACCUGAGGGUACGGCGUUAAGAAAGAGUCUCAGUUUGGGAAACCUUGAUACUUUUCUCUCUAACGAUGAUAGUAACGGUAGCGGUGAUCCAAUCGCCGCCGUUGAAGAUACCGGUUAUCACUCCGACGGUCAGAUUCAUUCCAAGAAGUGCAAAACCGAUCAUGACAAGAAAAAGGGGAAGCCAUGGACGGAAGAAGAACAUCGUAAUUUCUUAAUCGGUUUGAACAAACUCGGAAAAGGAGAUUGGAGAGGAAUCGCAAAGGGUUUCGUCACGACAAGAACACCGACCCAAGUCGCGAGUCAUGCUCAGAAGUAUUUUAUUAGGUUAAACGUUAACGACAAGAGAAAAAGACGUGCUAGUCUCUUUGACAUCUCUCUCGAAGAUCAGAAGGAGAAAGAGAGGAACUCUCAAAAUGCAUCAACACCAAAGACUCCAGCUCUAACCGGAGUAUCUCAACAACCGGUGGUGCAAGGUCAGACUCAAACCGAGAUUUCCAACAGGUUUCAGAACCUGUCGAUGGAGUAUAUGCCAGUCUACCAAACCGUACCACCUUACUACAACUUUCCACCUCUUAUGUUCCAUCCAAUGUACUACGCCAAUCCUGAACAGAUUAGGUUUGUUCACCCUUCUGGUAUACCUGUACCAAGGCAUGUACCGAUGGGUAUGCCUCAAUCUCAGCCGAAUGAAGCUAAUUCUAGUGUGUCCAAUAAAGACGGUUUGGAACUUGGUAUUGGUUUGCCUCCACCUCCACAGGCUACCGGAACAACUGACUUGACGGGUCAUGGUGUUAUUCAUGUGAAGUGAAAUUACAACCAUUUUUUGAGCAUGAUAUAUAAUAUUGCUAGGUAUAUUACAUUUUUUUUGGUCACAGGGUUUUAUUUGAAUAUAUAUACCUCUAUAUUCAGCAGUUUUGUCAUCGGAGUAUGUACAAUUUCCUUUUUCCAGAUUAGAUUAAAUAAAAAUUAUUUUUGGAUU